GCAUUAGAAAUAUUGAAAUCAACUAAACAAUUUCUUCUCCUAAGCAUUGACUCAUAAGUAUGUUUGAAUCUUUGGUCGCAAAUGUGUUGAAUCGGUUUUUAGGUUCGUACAUUGAGAAUUUCGAUCCAAAGCAGUUGAACAUUGGUAUAUGGAGUGGGGAUGUCAAAUUGAAGAAUCUACAAUUAAAAAAGGAAUCAUUGGAUAAAUUCAACCUUCCCCUUGAUGUUAAAUUUGGUCAUUUAGGAGAACUCACACUUCAGAUACCUUGGUCAAACUUGAAGUCCAAGCCCGUGCGUGUGAUUAUUGAAGAUGUGUACUUGUUAGCCUCCCCUUUAAUUUUGGAAGAUUUCGACUUGGAUGAGGAAAAGCGAAGAAAUUUGCAAUUAAAGAAGGAUAAAUUGGAUGACUUAGAAGCAAUUCAAUCUGCUAAAGCACAGAAUAAGAGUCUUUCAAAUGAUUUGAGUUCGAAUGAAACAUUUACUGAGUCACUCGUAACAAAAAUCGUAGAUAAUACCCAAAUAAUUAUAAAAAAUAUUCAUAUUAGGUAUGAAGAUGAUUCUACAUUAACUGAAAAUCCUUAUGCUGUGGGUUUCACAUUGAAUGAGCUUUCGGCGGUCUCAACUGAUGAAUCAUGGAUUCCCAGUUUCAUUUCUAUAACUCAACAAUUCACAAGAAAAUUAUUGACCCUUAAAAACUUAAGUUGCUACAUGAACACAAACUCAAAAACAAUUUAUGUUGAUAAUCACGAAGAGCUUCUUAAGAGUUUUAAGGAGUCCAUAGUUACAGAUGAUUGCUCGAAUGACGAGUUGCAAUUCUUGCUCAAGCCAGUCACUGGUAAUGGUAAAGUUACUGUGCAUAAAAGUGGAACAACUGAUUUAGUACCUCAUAUAAAAGCUGAAUUGUUUUUCCAAGAGUUUGGCAUUGAAUUGGACUCCCAACAAUACCAUGAUCUACUUUGGACAGCAUCUAAGUUUCACUGGUAUAACAAAACUCAAAAGUUUCGAAAAUUUCGACCAAAGGUUUCUGUCAGCGAAGACCCAAAGGCGUGGUUUAGAUAUGCAGCUAAAUCCAUUGUUGAUGAGAUACAUGAAAGAAACUAUAAAUGGAGUUGGGGUUAUUUUGAGAAAAGAAGAAAUGAGAGGAUUUCGUACAUUUCAUUGUGGAAAGCUAAAUUACUCUCUCCCACCAGCUUCCAGAAUGCGGAUCAUAAAGCACUAGAAGAGUUGGAAGCUGAAUUAUCGUUUGAAGAUAUUAAGUUCUACAGAUCCUUAGCCCGCAGCGACAUUAGAAAAAACAAUAGCAAAGCUUUGACAACUAACAGCCAACAAAGUUCGGCGGAUAAUAAGUCAGGAUGGUUGUCAUACUUCUGGGACUCGAAGAAAGUAGAAACACAACAAGCUUCUAAUACAGAAGGUGAUGAGAUUGAUUUGCAGCUAUCUGAAGAUCAAAGAAAAGCGCUUUACGAAGCCAUUGAGUACGAGGAUAACCAAGAAUUAAUUAAUUCAAUAGAUGUUCCUAGGGAUACAAUUAAACUAGAGGUUCAAGCUUCUUUGGAGAAGGGGGGUAUUUAUAUUAAACUGAAGAACCUGACUAAUUUGGCGGAGAUUGUAUUUGAGGGAUGUACAACUCAGCUUUACCAAAGACCAGACUCAUUUUUAGCCAAAUUUCAGCUACAGGAGUUCAGAAUCGAGGAUGGAACUCAAACCUCAUUGUAUAAGCAUAUUGUGAGCGUAAAACAAGUGAAUAACUCAGGUCAGAACGGAAAUACAAAAUCAGAUCCUUUCUUUCAGGUGGCAUAUGAACAUAACCCCUUGAAUGACUCUGCGGAUUCCCUAUUACUCGCUAAAUUGAGAUCUAUUACUGUUUUUCAUAAUCCUAAAUUUUUCGAAGAAGUCAUGAAAUUUUUCAAGCCACCGAAGAUCCACCUCAAUACCAUCGGGGCUAUAAUGAAUGCUGCGGAGGCAACCAUGGAAGGACUUAGUGAGCAAACGAGAAUAGGAUUACAAUACGCCUUAGAAGAGCACAAGACUAUUGAUGUCAAGUUGGAUCUACAGGCCCCUCUAAUCAUUUUGCCUUUAGACCCUGCAAGCAUUGUUUCUCCUGUUGCAAUUAUUGAUGCUGGUCAUAUCAGUGUUGUAAGUGAUUUAGUCGAAAAAUCAAAGAUAGAAGAAAUCAAAUCGAAGGAAAAUUACUCAACUGAAGACUGGAAAGAGUUGAAUACAAUGAUGUACGAUCAGUUUAACGUUCACCUUCAGGAUGCUCAGUUUUUGGUCGGAUCAGAUAUCAAGAGUACAAUGGAGCAACUACACACGGAAAGUCAUGAUAGGCCAGCCCUUAUAUUAGAUAAAUUGAAUAUUAACCUAUUGCUUGGAAUUUCUAUUUUGCCUGAAGCAUUCAAUUUACCCAAGUUCAAGAUUGGUGGUGAUAUUCCCAAGAUUGGCCUUGCAUUGAACGAUUUCCAAUACAAAACAAUAAUGCAAAUAAUUGACGUCGCGAUCCCUAAUUUGGACAUUCUGGAUACAGAUGAAUCAAGUCUUUUCAAUGCAUACGGCAGUUCCGGAGGUGAUAUUCCUCUGAUUGAGGAUUCAACAGAUGACAUAUCUUCACUCCAUCGUGAGGAAGUUCCAAAUCCUAAAAACCAGAAAAAUUCAGAAAUGCAGAAGCAACAUAUUUUUGAGUUUAAUCUCAACAUGGGAGUUGUUAAUGUAUCACUAUCAAGAUGUAUAGACGGUGUUUCCCUCAAGGCCGAGCCUUUGGUAGAUUUAAUUGGUGAUGGCCUAGAUCUUCAAUUAUACAAAACUCUCGAUAAGUUACAUCUAGAUUUAUCAUUGGAAGAUAUUAAUUUGAUUGAUCAUAUUGAAAGAUCGAGUGCAAAUGAGUUUGAUAAGCUCAUAUCUUCUAACCAUUUCUCGAAGCAAGGUAUUGAGAGAAGGAGACUAUUUAAGCUUGACUAUGAGCGAACCAGAAGAAUUGUCGAAUUCAAUGGCCUGAAUAUUGAGGUAUUUGACCAGGACAUGGUGGUGGACAUUGCUACAGUGCAAUUUGUGGUGUCACGCAAGUCUUACUUGAGUAUCUUGAACUUCAUUUUGAAUACAUUCACAGAUCCAAACGCCGACCCUAGUCCAGCGGAUGAAUUAAAACACAAUGACUCUGAAGAUGAAGAUAAGUCACCACAAAGGAUUAACGUGGACAUCAAGUUAGAUAGUAUCAUUUUACUUCUUAGCGAUGAUGGUCUUACUUUUGCUACAUUGGAGUUGAGCACAGCGAAUAUCAAUGUAUUCCUAGUUCCAGAAGAGUUGGAAGUGACCGGAAUUUUAGGUGCUUUGUCAUUGCAUGAUGAGGUAAAUGAGGGCACACCAAAAGAUUCAAGUUUACGGAACCUAAUCAGCAUUGAAGGAAAUAAUCUAGCUGAAUUUAAGUACAAGACUUUUGAUGCUGAAACCAAUCGUGAACAUUACGACUCGUUAAUUGAAUUUAAGACGGGCUCACUAGCGAUUAACUUUGUGGAAAGCUCAUUCAAUCGAAUCAUUGAUUAUUUAAGCCAAUUCUUGAAAAUGAAAGCAAUUUAUGACAGAGCUAGAGAAGCUGCAGUUAACCAAGCAAGCCUGAUCGAUAACGCCGACAAAAUUAAGUUUGACAUUCUCAUUAAAGCACCUACCAUUAUUUUUCCCAGACUAGUUGAAGGAUUCGAUAAUUCAUUUGAUACCAUAACUUCUCAUUUAGGAGAACUUUAUGCAUCUAAUGAGUUUGUUGCGGGUGAAGUUAAUGAUGCUAGGUUCAAGAAUAUCAUCACUGCAGGAAUAAGAAAUAUUAGCUUGAGAUCACAAUUUCACUUUGUUAAUGAUAUUAAACAAGUUUCAGAAAUCGUCAACAAUUUAGAUAUGUCAUUCAAAAUUGAAUAUUCUGAUGAAUAUGUUCAAGAUCGUGCUCUAAUUGCAGUAUGCGGUAACACUCCAGAAAUUGACUUGAACCUAACGGAAUUACAGCUUAAGUUCCUUAUGAGUCUAGUUGAUUCCAUAUCUCGUGCUUUUACAGUUUCUGAUGAUCAAGAAAACUUACAAGAUGUCGAAAAAGAUGCCGCUAACGCGAAUGCGGUGGUCAAACACAAUUCUACUAUUCAGGGUCAAGACUCAAAAAGGGUACCAAAUCAAAUACAAGAUCUGAAAAUUGAUAUCGAUCCAGGGCACAACAAGAUUCAGCUCGUGUUCGAAGUUCCCAAGGUGUCACUUACUAUUUUUAACAAAACUUCGGGUUUAGCAUCAAUUGAUGCAACUAGACUCGCUUCAUUUUCACUUAAUAACUUGAACUUGAAUUUCACCUUGAGACAGGAUGGUCAUUUUGAGUCCAAUAUCACUGUGCGUUCAUUUAUUGUCAAAGACGUUAGGCAUGCCACAAGCAGUAAAUUUACAGAAUUGAUUCCACCAAUUCAAUCUGACAACGACCAAUUUUUAUUGACAGCAUCUACAGAAGGUCCUGUUGAGAACAGAAAUAUAGUUGUGUUCUUGACCGUUGAUAAUCCAAAAACAAUUUUGGCCUUGGACUAUAUUUUCGAGUUACAGAAUUUCUUUGAUAAAGGAUUUGAAAGUGAUAGACCAAUCGUUCAAUACAACGAAGAGGAUGCUUUUGACGAUGAAUUUGGAAUAGGAUUAAAAGCAAAUGAUUCAACUAAGAAAUCGAAUGCAAGGGCCGUAAUGGAUCAGGAAGAAGACGAGAAGCUAAGCGACAGAAAGCAAACCGUGAGCUUUUCGAUAAAUAUAAAGGAACCUUCAAUAACUUUAUUGGAAAAUCCAACUAGAGAGGAUACGCUCGCUGCGGUUUUUAAGGUUGAACAAUUAUUGAUAACCAGUCAGCAAGUGUUGUCUUUGGCUGCAAACAAUAUUGGAUUAUUCUUGUGCAAAAUGAACGACUUCGGUUCAAAUCAAUACAGGAUCAUUGAUGAUUUUUCAAUCUCAUUUGCUCAUGACUCAAGGGGUAGCUCUCCUGUUUCAUUCUUGACAAAUAUUCAAGCAUCUAUAGACCCUAUCCUUAUUCGUGUUUCCUUGAGGGACAUUCGUUUCGCCUUGAAUAUAUUCAACAAAGCCUCAGAGCUAUACAAGCUCGCUCAAGGAAAUAAUCUGUCUCGUGAGGGUACUGGAUUUGAUUUCUCUGAAGAUUUCAAGAGAAGGUUGUCCCAGUAUGCACCUAGUAUAUUAACUGACAAGUCAGCUAAAUCAAAUAAGCUGAGGGAUGAACACGACCAACAAGUUGUGGUCAAAGGCGAGGAAUUUAAUGCUAGUGUCGGGGGAGUAAGGUUCGUGUUGAUAGGAGAUGUUCAUGAACUUCCGGUACUUGACAUGAAUAUUAAGCCCUUCGAAGUGAAGGCAAUUAAUUGGUCUACCGACUUGAGUGCCGAAAUGCAUAUUGAGCAGUACGUGAAUAUCUACAACUAUUCAAAAUCAUCAUGGGAACCUUUACUUGAAUCAUGGCCAAUUGCUGUCUACGUGUCAAAAUCACUCGAACCUAAAGUCAGCUUAGUGGUUGACGUUGUAUCCAGAAAAUUGGCUGAAAUAACAGUUACUUCGAGAUCGGUAGCAUUAUUAUCACAGAUUUCUAAUUUGAUCACCACGGGCCUGGAAUUGAAGCCAAGAGGACAGGACAAUCCUUACAUCAUUGUGAAUGAGACAGGUUUUGACAUCGAGGUGUGGGCCGAUAAUGAGGAUGAAGAUUCAAGUCGGGCAAUAAUAAAGUCUCAAGAAAGAAUACCAUGGUCUUUUGAAGAUUGGAAAAAGAUUCGCCAAAAUUUGGACACUAACAAUGAAGCUGGAAUCCUCGGAUUGAAAUUGUUAGAUUCCCCAUACGAGAGCAUUCACAAAAUAGCUGCUACUGGCGAGGGUGAAAUGUUGUUUAUGUUGUUCCCACCUAUCAAGGGGGUUCAUAAUAGAUUAUCGUGUGAAAUUGUACUUGGGGAUGAUAAUGUUAAAACAAUAUGGUUGCGUUCAACCGUAAGAAUUCAAAAUGAUGCUGAUGUGGGAAUUAAGAUUAAGUUUUCAAAUCAAGAAAAUUCUAAUGAGGAUAAUAAUACGAUUGAGAUUGAAUCAGGUGAGUCCAAGUCUUUGCCAAUUGAUGUUGUGUAUUCUGAGAAUUUAAGAAUCAAGCCUUUGGUGAAUAGCUCCUAUGAAUGGUCCAAUGAAACAUUCCAUUGGAAAGAUUUCCUAGAUCACGGACAUUCAUUGAAUUGUCCUGCAACUUCGGAAAGGGAUACGUCAUCCUAUUAUUUUCAAGCUGAAGCCAGUUAUGAUGCAGAUGAGCCUUUAUCAAGAAUCUAUCCCCAUAUGACCUUGAUAAUUUCUGCGCCAGUUGAGAUUGAGAAUUUGCUACCAUUCGAUUUUGACUAUAGAAUCUAUGAUAAACACGCAAAAAAAGAUUGGAAUGGCAGUAUUCCAAAGGGUAUAAAAAGUUAUGUGCAUGUGGUGAGUUUGACUAGCCUUCUACUCCUUAGUGUUGAACCAAAGAACUGUGGAUAUGGCAAAUCUGAGUUUGCCAUCAUCAACACCCCUUCGGGAAGUGAGUUUAAGAGAGAGCAUACUAUUUCAUUGAGGCAUUCAGACGGACAACAGUUAAAACUUAGAAUUCAUUACCCAAGAAAUUCCUCUAGCAAAAGUUUGAAAAUCAGCAUUUACUCACCUUAUGUCAUAUUAAACAAAACAGGUAAGGACUUAGUGAUCAACGAAAAGGGAAAUUUGCUUCAGGUGCAAGGCAAAGCACUGUUUAAGCCGCUUGCUCCUUGUAUGUUUUCUUUCGAGAAUCACGGUGAUCGUAAGAAUAGGGCGAUUCUUAAAGCUGAUGAUUCAACCUGGUCCUCGCCAUUGAGUUUUGAUGCACUAGGACAAGCAUCUGCUCCAAAAACACAAAUAGCAGGAAAGCAGAAGGAGUACAACUAUGCACUUUCAAUUGCUGAGGGAGAGGGAAAGUACAUUUUGUCAAAGGUAGUAACCCUCGCACCACGCUAUGUGAUUCAAAACACAUUAGAUGAAGCUAUUCAAGUUGUGGAAAAUGGUACGACUAAUCAGAUUACCGUGGAAGCGAAACAGCACAUUCCAUUGUAUGGAUUGAGACGGAUUGACCAAAAAAGUCUUUUGAUAAAAUUCACGAAUGCAUCGAAAACAUGGUCCUCCCCCUUCACUUUGGACGACAUAGGUCAGGUGUUUUUGAAAGUUCAUAAAGAGAAUAUAGGUCAGAUUCUACUCAAAGUCAACAUCAUUAUCGAGGAUGCUACCAUUUUCAUUCAAAUUGAGAACGCCAAUAAUCAUUGGCCAUACUCUAUUAGAAAUUUCAGUGAUUCGGAAUUCUUCAUUUACCAAUCCGAUCCUAACAUAAAUGAAAAUGGAGAAACAGUGAAGAACGAUACGCAGUACAAGCCCAUUUACUACAGAAUCCCACCCAAAAGUGUUAUGCCCUAUGCGUAUGAUUAUCCUAAUGCUAUUAUAAAGGAGUUAGUGAUUAGAUCACAUGGACGAGAACGAGCAAUAAAUCUUGCUGAGAUUGGUAACCUAAAACCUUUCAGGUUACCUCCACUUCAAGACUCUGAACAGAAGAUUGUUGACUUAAAUGUGGUUGCUGAUGGGCCUACUCAAUCACUUAUAAUAACGAACUACGAUCCUUCCCUUAGUUUGUAUAAGGUUCAAGGAAGUAAGAAUAAUUCCAGCGUUAACAUGUCACAAACUUUUGAAGCUACUGAAAAUGAUGAAAACUACCAUACUAAGAUAAUAACUAAAAUCGAGGGAUUUGGAAUUUCUUUGAUAAAUACCAGACAACAAGAGCUUUGUUAUAUCACAUUGAGAGGGUUAGAAUUACGAUAUAAUGAAUCAGACUUGUAUCAGAAUUUAAGCCUUAAGUUGAAAUGGAUCCAAGUCGAUAAUCAGUUGUAUGGAGGGAUCUUCCCGAUAAUUGUGUAUCCAAGUGUUAUUCCUAAAUCUGGAAAGGAAAUGAACAAUCAUCCGUCUUUCUCUGGGUCGGUAUGCAAGGUAAAGGAUGAUAGCCAUGGGGUUAUUUUUAUAAAGUAUGCAACAGUCUUAUUACAAGAAAUGACAAUUGAAAUAGAUGAAGACUUCCUAUUUGCAUUGCUUGACUUCGCAAAAUUUCCUGGUGCUAGCUGGAACAAAGAGAAAAUUAACAAACUAUGUGAUGAGUCCUUAGAGUUACCAGCACCUGAAACAUUAUCUGAGAGCAGUGACAUUUAUUUUGAAGCAUUACAUUUGCAACCAGCACUUGCAAAUUUGUCAUUUGUUAGAACCGAAAGAGUUAAUGUGGAUGACAAAACAUCCUCUCAGAACACAUUGAUGUUUUUCUUCAAUGUUUUGACUAUGGCCAUUGGGAACAUCAAUGACGCUCCUAUAAAGUUAAACGCAUUGUUCAUUGAGAAUAUAAGAGUUCCAAUCCCUCUACUUGUUGAAUCAAUACAAACUCACUAUGGGCAAUCAUUUUUCUAUCAGGUGCACAAAAUCCUUGGCUCAGCGGACUUCUUGGGUAACCCUGUUGGUUUGUUCAAGCACUUGUCGUCAGGUGUUCUUGACAUAUUCUACGAGCCUUACCAAGGCUUUAUCAUAAAUGACCGUCCACAGGAGUUGGGUAUUGGUAUAGCAAAGGGUGGUCUUAGUUUUUUGAAGAAGUCUAUAUUUGGCUUUAGUGAUUCUUUUGCCAAAGUAACGGGUUCUCUUGCAAAAGGUUUAUCAGUUGUCACGUUGGACAAAAAAUUCCAGGAACGCAGAAGACUUAAUCAACGUCGAAACAAGCCAAAACAUGCCCUUUAUGGUAUGGCUUCAGGUGCAAGCUCAUUCUAUGAAUCUAUUUCAUCUGGAGUCACUGGAAUUGCCUCGGCUCCGAUAGAAGGUGCAAGCACGGGAGGUGCUGCUGGAUUUUUCAAGGGACUUGGAAAAGGGGUUGUUGGUUUACCAACAAAAACUGCAAUUGGGUUAUUUGAUUUCGCCUCGAAUGUCAGUGAGGGAAUACGUAACACCACAACGGUUUUUGAUGCCGAAGGAUUAGACAAAGUUAGACUACCAAGACAUAUUGCCAAUAAUGAGGUUAUCAAACCAUAUUCACAAAGGGAGGCACAAGGCCAGUACUGGCUCAACGCUGUUGACGGUGGUAUUUACUUUGAAGAGAAGUACUUAGCCCACUUACUACUAUCUGGAGAAGAGAAGGCUGUGAUGGUUACUUAUAGAAUGUUGAUUUUAUUUGAAACCAAUACCUUAACAUCCAAAUGGGUAAUUCGACUAGAUCAAGUCAAGUCCAUAUCUGUGGAGCCAACAGGUAUUAAUAUUGGGUUGAAGAAGAAAUCAGGACCAUUCCUCCCUAUUCCAGAGAAAAGUAACAGAAAUUUCCUCUACAACAAAAUUUCUAUUGCAGUUGAAGAAUUCAAUAAGCAUUGCCAGGUAAUUUUGUAAAUUUAUCUACUUAACCUUAUUAACAUAGCUUGAAUAAUAAU